CGAUCUUUCCAGCACGCUUUUCCCUCGGGCUCCAGGCUCUCCCGCGGGUGCAGCUCGGGCUGGUUCGGGUGUGGAGCCUCGGCAGCCUCCACCCGCUCCGGAGCCGGCCCUGGCAGCUGCGGAGUUGCUGUCACACUUGGAGCUUUCUUGGGGCUUUCUCGGUGUCCCGUCUCCGUCCUCCCCUUCCCGCCUUGGCCGAGCCCCAGCUCCUCGCCCGGAGGAAGGGUGCACGUUGUGGGCAUCUCCCAUCCACCGAAAUCUAUGAUCAGCUCGGUGUGUGUCUCCUCCUACCGUGGACGCAAGUCUGGGAACAAACCACCCUCCAAAACAUGCCUGAAGGAAGAGAUGGGCAAAGGGGAAGAGUCGGACAAGAUCACCAUCAACGUGGGCGGCACCCGGCAUGAGACCUACAAGAGCACCCUGCGGACUCUGCCAGGCACCCGCCUGGCCUGGCUGGCAGACCCCGACGCCCAGAGCAACUUUGACUUUGAUGGCAAAAGCAAUGAGUUCUUCUUCGACCGGCACCCGGGCAUCUUCUCCUACGUGCUCAACUACUACCGCACGGGGAAGCUGCACUGCCCCGCGGACAUCUGCGGGCCCCUCUUCGAGGAGGAGCUCACCUACUGGGGCAUCGACGAGACCGACGUGGAGCCCUGCUGCUGGAUGACCUACCGGCAGCACCGCGAUGCCGAGGAGGCCCUGGACAUCUUUGAGAGUCCCGAGCCUGGCGGAGGGGCUGCUGGAGAGGAGGCUGAAGAGGAAGGGGGUAGGGAGAUGGCCCUGCAGCGCCUGGGCAUGGAUGACAGGCCUCCAGGGGCAGCAGGGGCGGCUGGAGGGGGUGGAUGCUGCAGGAACUGGCAGCCCAAGAUGUGGGCGCUCUUUGAGGAUCCCUACUCGUCCAAGGCGGCAAGGGUGGUUGCUUUCGCCUCACUUUUCUUCAUCCUGGUCUCCAUCACAACCUUCUGCCUGGAGACACAUGAGGCCUUCAACAUCAACGUCAACGUGACGGAGACCCUGGUGGUGGGCAACACCACCACGGUGCUGCUGACCCACAAGGUGGAGACGGAGCCCAUCCUCACCUACAUCGAAGGGGUCUGCGUGCUGUGGUUCACCCUGGAGUUCCUGGUUCGCAUCAUCUGCUGCCCAGACAAGCUUCUCUUCAUUAAAAACCUGCUUAACAUCAUUGACUUCGUGGCCAUCUUGCCCUUCUACCUGGAGGUGGGUCUCAGUGGCCUGUCCUCCAAGGCUGCCCGGGACGUGCUGGGUUUCCUGCGGGUCGUUCGCUUCGUGCGCAUCCUGCGGAUCUUCAAGCUGACGCGGCACUUUGUGGGUCUGCGCGUGCUGGGCCACACUCUGCGGGCCAGCACCAACGAAUUCCUGCUCCUCAUCAUCUUCCUCGCCUUGGGGGUCUUGAUUUUCGCCACCAUGAUCUACUACGCCGAGCGGAUCGGAGCCAAGACGUCUGACCCCACCGGGAACGACCACACUCACUUUAAGAACAUCCCCAUCGGCUUCUGGUGGGCCGUGGUCACCAUGACCACCCUGGGUUACGGUGACAUGUACCCCAAGACCUGGUCGGGGAUGGUGGUGGGCGCCUUGUGCGCGCUGGCCGGGGUGCUGACCAUCGCCAUGCCGGUGCCCGUCAUCGUCAAUAACUUUGGGAUGUAUUAUUCCUUGGCCAUGGCCAAGCAGAAGCUGCCAAAGAAGAAGAAAAAGCAUAUACCCCGUCCAGCCCAGCUGGACUCACCCACCUACGGCAAAUCCGAGGAGAACUCGCCCCGAAACAGCACCCAGAGCGACACGUGCCCACUGGCAGUGGAGGAGGGGGUGACUGAGAGGAAACGGUCAGACUCCAAGCAGAACGGGGAGGCCAACGUGGUGCUUUCGGACGAGGAGCAGCCGCUGUCCCCCAUGGACGAGGAGCAGCGGCCGAUGCGGCGCUCCAGCACCCGCGACAAGAACAAGAAAUCCUCCACGUGCUUCCUGCUGGCCACGGGGGACUUCUCCUGUGCAGCGGAUGGAGGCAUCCAGAAAGAUUCCUGCCAGGACAACACCCUUGCUUCCAGUUACCCCCAGGGUGAGGUGGUCACCUUCUCCUGAGCCCCAGCUGGUGCAGGCACUGCCCUGGCCAGGGAUGCUUUCCCUGGGGGAUGCCCUCCCCAGGGUGGAAGGAGGCUCUCCCUGGGGCCAGGGAUGCUCUUCCUAAGGCUGAAGGAUGCAUUCCCCCAGAGAUGCUCU